CGGGCUGUCUCAGUCGCGUCCCUUCGUACCACGAGACACACACGGCCGGUCGGCGGUGUCCGUUCCUUUUUUAAAAUAAAAGACUACAACCCUGUGUUAGUGUGUGUGUGUGUGUGUGUCAGUUUCAAUGCUACAUAAUCGUGUAACACGAGAAAAAUUUGAUUUAUAAAAGAAGAAUUUCUCCAAGUGAAAUUGAUUGUUCUAAAUAACGUGGCGACAACGUGUUGUGUUUUGUUCUUUCUCGGUGUCGGCCAUUUUUAUACCGAGUGAAAAUCGUAACUGGCGCGAUGGCAACGUGGUGAGAGGAAGAAACGUUUUUCUUCAUAAAACGUUAACAUACACACACGUAUUUGAGUGUGGAAUAUUUGAAUGAUUUGGAUGCGUGCGCAAUGCCAUCAUCAGAGAGUGAGGUGUCGUUGGCCGUCAGUCGUCAGCAGUAUCGGGCGUCUCGAUUGAAAUUAUUAAAAAUUAAUCAAGUUACUGUUGUUGUUGUUGUUGUUGGGGUUGUUGUUGUUGGUGGUAGCCACGGCUCCUCCCGGCUCCUGUAAAUUCCUCCACCCGGCUCGUGUGGUGAAUGGGUCCGGCUCGGCGACGGCGGCGUCGGCGGCUGUAGGAGGCGGCGGCGGCGGAUCGUCUUCUAAACUGCUGCGUAGCUGUCCGUCCUUAUUCAUGUUCAUGUUCCGUUCGAGACGUAACGCCCUCGUCAAGCGGCUGUGGCGUCAGGCCGCUCUCCGGAGAGGAGGAGGAGGUGGUGGCGACGACGACGACCCGACACCAGGCGAGACGGCGGCGGAGGAAUGUGCUCCUGAGGCCACCAGUGAGGAGCAACAGGUCAAGAGCUGGAUCAAAUCCGCCGCUCACGCCCUCUUUAAACGACUGACGGAUGACCAAUUGGCCUUGCUGCUGGACAUUUUAGACGGCGCCUCAACGUCGCCUUGUUUCCCGCUCGACACGGACCUCGUCAACAGAAUUUGUCCAACGGAAGGAAUCCAUCGGCUGUUGUGUCGUCUGUUUCGAUGGCCGGAAUUGUCAACCGGGACUGAAUUGAAACGUGUCAUCAAUUUAUGCGGCCAUCAUCAGUCGACGACGACGAUAUGCUGCAAUCCUUACCACUGGAGCCGCCUCUCAGAUGUGGCUCCACCGCCUUACACCCGACUGGGCCUCAAUCAUGAUCGACCAAGUCGCCUUACCAACAGUUAUCCCGUUGAAUCGCUGGAAACGGGCGGAACUAACCAGUACAGCAGUACAGGAAGCAAUUUGGAUGGUGGCGUGGUCCGAUUACGGCCGUGGUGCACAUUAGCAUACUGGGAACUGCGUCAGCGAGUGGGUCGUUUGUUCCCCGUCACGCAGCCAUCGGUGGCUAUCUUUUCGGACUCGUUGGCGACGGCAGCUACUUCUUCUUCGAUGGUGGUACCAAUGAUGCCGCUCGAUCGUCAGUGCAACGCCACUAGCCUCUGUUUAAGUGCACUCACCAGUCAAAGACCACCGGAGACGGACGCCGUCCGCCGCACGCGACAGAAAGUCGGAUUAGGACUGUUGCUGUGCCAAGAGCCUGACGGGGUGUGGAUGUACAACCGGUCGGAGAACCCAGUAUUUGUCAACUCUCCGACGCUCGAUCCGCCAGGAACCGGUCCGGCCGGCGCCCCCCGCACUCUACUCGUUUACAAAGUGCCGCCAAGUUUUGCCAUCCGAGUCUUUGAUCACGAACGAUCCUUGUUAUACCAACAGUGCAGCAGUUUGUCUGAAUCUCUGACCGGCGGACCGCCUUGCUAUCGCCUGGACGGCAACACGAAUUCUACAACAAUAGAAGCGAGUGGAACUAAAGUGGCCAAGAUGAUGAACGAGUCCCGUUUGCUCACCCCUUGCUUCGUCUAUAAAGAAGAGUACACUGACGGCCCGUUCGAUCCCAACGCCCUGCGAAUCAGUUUCGCCAAAGGAUGGGGACCUAAAUAUUCUCGACAGUUCAUCACCUCUUGUCCCUGUUGGAUCGAAGUCCUCUUGGCCCCGUCCAGAUGAUUAUUGUCCCUCUCUCUCUACGUUGAAACCAGUGCAAAAAUAGAAUCAUCCCUCCAUGAACACACACGCCCGAAUAAAACCACACACACACACACAUAUGCAAAAAGACACCAUGGUUCUAACUCAGGUUACGCCAAACAUUUGUUUAUUUUCUUUUCUUCUUAAAUUCUACUUGUAAUUGUUGUUAUUUCUUACACACACACUCUCUCUCUCUAUCUCUCAAGAUAUGGAAUGAUACCUUGAUUACCUCGUUCGCUUGGAACAAAUGAUGGAAAAGCUAGUGGCAGAAAAGAAACAUCUUGAUGCAUGAAUUAUUUUCUCUCUGUGUGUGUGUGUGUGUAUAUUAUAUAUGUAAAUAUGGGUGGAAUCGUCAACUAUAAUUUUUCGAAUCUCGCCGUUGGUGUGAGGGCGUUUGUGUGUGACAAUUUAUCUGUUUCCGAUUUAUUUCUCUCUUCACACAUUUGAAGAAUCCCGCGCACGCUCUUUUGUUUUUCUGUCAAUGUACGUAUAUGAUUCAUGUGUUAAAAUUUGUUUAUCCUUUGAAGAAAUGUCUUUUGGUCGCUAUCUAUUUGUACAUUGUUCGCGCAUUCUUAAAAAUUGCACACAACUCAAAAAAGUGUUAAAAAUUUUGUGGCCUCUUUUUUUCCGUUUUUCUUUGUACAGUGCCGAGUGUCUUUUAGUCUCGUUGAGAAAAACAAAAUUAUGAUUAUGACCGUGCUCUUCUAUCACAAAACACGUUGCCUGUUGAUGUCGUUUCCCAUCUACCUUACUCUCUUGUUAUACUAAUAAUUUACAAUCGACGAUAUACCGUAAUUCCCUUUGUCUAUUACUGUACAGCACUGUUGAAUAUGAAAUUGGAUAAAAAAACAAAACAGAAGAAUCAAAAGUUCAAAAACAGA